AUGCUGCUCCCUUCGGCGGCCGGGCCAGGCGUGGGCUUUGUCGGCGAGCUGUCGAAGCAGCCAUCGCGCCGCUGCGUCACUGAUGCGCUCAAGAUGCUUGAGCGCAUGACGCACCGCGGCGCUUGCGGCUGCGAGGAGAACACCGGCGAUGGCGCCGGGAUCCUGGCUGCGAUGCCCGACGGCUUUUUCGGGACCAUCAUGGAGGCCGCGGGCGUGCGCCUGCCGCCCGCGGGGCAGUACGCGGUGGGCCAGGUGUUCCUGCCCAAGGACCAGCAGCAGCGCGACAUCGCCAAGCGCGUGAUGGAGGCCGUGGCCGCGGACCUGGGCCACGAGGUGCUGGCCUGGCGCAGCGUGCCGACAGACAACCGCUCCCUGGGGGCCAGCGCGGUCAAGGUGGAGCCCGCCGUGGAGCAGUGGUUUGUCACGGCGGACGGCGCCAAGCACCGCCAGCUGGACGCCGAGGGGCAGCUCUACGUGCUGCGCAAGCUGAUUGAAGCGGAGUGGUCCGCCCAGGGCCUGGGCUACGAUGACGCCUACUUCUGCAGCCUGUCCUCGCGCACCAUCAUCUACAAGGGGCAGCUCACGCCCGCUCAGGUGCCCUCCUACUUCAAGGACCUGCAGCACCCCGAGUUCAGGUCGUACAUGGCCAUCGUGCACAGCCGCUUCUCCACCAACACCUUCCCCAGCUGGGGUCGCGCCCAGCCCAUGCGCACCAUGGCCCACAACGGAGAGAUCAACACCCUGCGCGGCAACAGGAACUGGAUGCGCUCGCGUGAGGGCGUGAUGGCGUGCGAGGGCCUGGGCCUGGACAAGGAGACGCUGCAGAAGCUGACGCCCAUCGUGCCAGCCUGGCAGUCUGACAGCGGCUCGAUGGACGGCCUGCUGGAGCUGCUCACGCGCUGCGGCCGCGACGUGGCCGAGGUGAUGAUGAUGCUGAUCCCCGAGGCGUGGCAGAACGACAAGCUGAUGGACGAGUCGCGCCGCGACUUCUACCGCUACCACGCCGCCAUCAUGGAGCCCUGGGACGGCCCCGCCCUGGUCACCUUCACGGACGGCCGCUACCUGGGCGCCACCCUGGACCGCAACGGCCUGCGGCCCGGGCGGUACUACAUCACAUCGGGCGGCCGCGUGGUGAUGGCGUCCGAGGUGGGGGUGGUGGACAUCCCCCCUGCGGACGUGGUGCGCAAGGGGCGGCUGAUGCCCGGCAACAUCUUCCUGGUGGACUUUGACGAGCACAGGGUGGUGGAGGACAGAGAGCUCAAGGAGCGCUACUCCAAGGCCAAGCCCUACAACGAGUGGGUUAAGGCCGCCGUCAGCAUGGAGGACAUCUUCGCCACAGUGCCCCCAGAGCAGCGCGAGAGGCGCCUGCUGGCACUCGGCGCGGAGUCCACCGCCAACGGGAACGGCAACGGCCACGUCGGCGCGCUGCCUACCAACGGCAACGGCAACGGCAAAGUGUCUGCCGCCAACAAGGAGAUUGCGCCCAUCAUGGCCCUCCUGGAGCCCCUCAAGGCGUUUGGCUACAGCCGCGAGGCCCUGGAGAUGCUCAUCGCGCCCAUGGCCAAGACUGGUGCCGAGGCCCUGGGGUCUAUGGGCAACGACGCGGCCCUCACCGCCAUGAGCAGCCGGCCCCGCCAGCCGUUCGAGUACUUCAAGCAGCUCUUUGCACAGGUGACCAACCCGGCCAUCGACCCGUUCCGCGAGGCCAUCGUGACGAGCCUGCGCUGCUUCGUGGGCCCCGAGGGUGACAUCACCACCAGCCUGCCCACCCACGCCAGGCGCCUGGAGCUGGAGCAGCCCGUCCUCACCAUCGAGGAGUGCGAGGCCUUGAAGAACGUGUCCGUGAACGACUGGGCCUCCCGGGUCAUCUACACCACGUGGCCGGUGGCCGAGGGCCCCGCCGGCAUGCGCGCCGCCCUGGAGGGCAUCUGCGCGCAGGCGGAGGCCGCGGUGGACGCCGGCUGCGCCUUCCUGGUGCUGAGCGACCGCACGUUCAGCGCGGAGCGCGCGGCGGUGCCGUCGCUGCUGGCCGUGGGCGCGGUGCACCACCGGCUGACGGACGCCAAGAAGAGGUCCAGGGUGGGGCUCAUCGUGGAGACCGCAGAGGUGGGUGGCGUGCGCGCACGUGGGUAA